AUGAAAGCUGAGUCAGAGACACGCUUCCCCUUGGCUCCCAAUGCCUCCCGUGGGGGCCCCUCCUUGGCUGCAUCCGUUAGUCACUCCCCGGUAAGUCCCCCCCCACACACACCCUGUGGGGCGGGGAACCCAGGGCAGCCAGAGGCAGUGGACUUUUGGCCCGUUUCGUUUAUUCCUUACAUCUCAUCAACAUCUGCCACGGGCUCUUGGCUCAUUCUCUUAACUGCUGACCUGCAGGGAAGCAGAAACCCAGAAAAAGAGAAGGAAGGCAGACACCUGGAGACAGAGCUGAGGCCGAGGCUGCCGCUGGUCUUCUGCCCUUCCCCACUCUCUCUUCCCACCCUGCCCUAA